CUAGUCUGUGGGUGUGUUUUAUAGAGGGAAGAGUGUUGACCGGUUGAACGUCUAUAUGGUGACUGGUGAAUUAAACUGCGAGGUUUGAAGACGGAAGAGUAGUGACUAGUGACUUGGUCCGGAUUGAGAAGGUGGUGCACAAACAAUAUCAAUAGGUACUGCAAAACUCGCCGACGUGACCUACCUGCUCCGUCCAUCUUUCGGGCUUAGGUUUACGUUUCGACUACGGGUUUUGACCGAAAUUAAACUUGAUUUAUUUUCUAACUCCUACUUUCUCAGCAUUUUAAUCUUGUAAUUUUUUUGCGGCAAUGUUAAGGAAAUGAAAGAAAUAUGUAAAAAAAAAUAUUGCUUAAGUCAAACUGAUAAUUGUAUUUCAAACAAUAACAUUGUACUAUGUUCGAUUUACAUAAAACGUUGCCGCGGCAAUCGUCUAGUGCCUAAUUUUGGCUAGUCGAGUUGUGAUUGAAAUAUUUUAAAAUGAGUAAUUGGGCAAGAAGGAUGCAUAGGCGAGCUGCUACGCUAAGUAAUGUAGUAACGUCUUGUGGCCAUCCCAAUUCAUUGCCGUAUCCAAGGAGAUUAGAAAAAGUAAAGUUUGGUGCCCCUCUUCAUGAGGUUUGCAAAGAAGACAUUCCUGGACCUUUACUUGUCCUCAUUCUAAAACUAAAUAAGGAAGCACCUCUUCGCCGAGACGUAUUUCGUGCUCCUGGUCACCAGGGCGCUAUGAAGAAGCUUAUUCAUUUUUUACAAACUGGACGACUAGUCAAUGUUGAUAACUACUCAGUAUACACUAUAGCUAGUGUCCUGAAGAAGUUUCUUAGGAAAAUACCUGGUGGAGUGUUUGGACGAGAAGGUGAAAUGCAGCUAUUUACAGCUGUUGAGUUGCCCCAAGAACAACAGGUUGAUGCUAUACGAAGAUUACUUAUGUCGCUACCAGUCUGCACGCAAAGGCUUCUUGUUCUCCUGUUUGGCACAUUUCGCGUGAUGGCCUCAAAUGCUGAAAAAGCUGGAACGGGAAUGACGUCAGAGGCUCUCGGGGUAUCUGUGGCGCCAUCUUUCUUUCAUUCUUGCGUCUCAGAUGGCAAGACUGCGACAAUGGAGGAUGUGCAACGGUUCAAGGCUGAAGUGUGUGUGGCGACACGAAUAAUGCGACAACUGAUCGAACAGUUUAGCGCCGGCGAUCUUUUCGGACGAGAUAACUAUGAAUACUAUGCACGGGUUACUGGGAGAGUUUUGCGCGUUAAAGAUGAAUGGAUAUGCUCGUUUCGCGACCCGCCCCCACCCAGACAUCACCGAGAUCAGGAGGCUUAUGCAAGACAAUUAUCACUAGAGGCGGAAAAAACUUGGCUGCAAUGCGAAUGCGAUCGUUGGGGCAACAAAUACAACUUGGAAGGUUUAUCAAAAUCGGAAGAAUGCCAAUCGAUGCCUGCGUUAAUUGGCGUAGUUGGUACCGGUGGAGCGGGUACUCUUGGACUUGGAAUAAUUCCCGAACACAGUUUGUUGGACUCUUGCACUCGUCUAUCGAUAUCACUAGAGGAAAGCGUGUUUAAGGUGUCCGUCAGUUCAUCAUCUCAGUCAUCGUGUAGCAACUCUAGCCCGCACAUGACAUUAGAAGAACUUCGAGUCAUCAACAAGUACGCUGAGAGCACUAAAAGUCUCUCCUACUUACCCCAGGUCCACGAGCGGCAGCGUGCGCGUAUGCAAACCCGCUCGGAGUGGUUCCUGCAGCCCGCGGCUUCGCUGGACGCCCGUCCGCGCCCCGGCGGCGAGCGUCGCGGUUCGCGGCGACGUUCGCGGCGCGCUCGCGUGUGCCGUGCGCUCGCGCACUCCGAAACUGAAAUCCCGCUCGCUCUCCAAUCUCGUAAAGUGACCGCCUGACCCGACGCCUGUCCGCGAUGCCACUGCACGCGUUAGCACCUCACACGGCUUCAGGACCGUUUAAGUGUCAUGUAAGCAGCAUAAGGUCUUAUUAGACUUACGUCAACAUUGGGACAGGCACAUUUUAGUAAUAUUUAAAUAUAUAAGGCCCAAGGAAAGUACUCCUCAGCCCUGCUUACAUUAUACUUGAUUUGUUCCUUACCACUAAAUCAUCGCCUACGGUGGUGAUUAGAAUUGAAGUAAGACUCAUGUAGCAGCUGACACCAGAUCUGUGGCAAGUCACACUCUGAACACUGCAUCUUGUAUUUGUUCGAUGGACUGUAUGUCUAGCUUAAUGAUUUUUCUAGAUAUAUAAUACAGUCCUUUCAUAUAAGAAACGAAAACAUAUAGGAAGCACGCGUUAUAUUCACUAACCACAUAAUUUGUAUCACGACCGAAACACUACGAAUCGUCUUCAUGGGGCUUUCUGUGAUGAACGUUUGGAAUCAAAUAUGUUUGAGCUAAUAUUUUUAGUCUAAUUGUUAUUUAGUCCUUAUAGAAAAUUAUAAGUAACAUAUACGCUCUAUUAUAUUACUCUUAGGGUCUGUUUCACAAUGUACGAAUAAGUUCCAAUCUAUUGCUUAUUGUUAGGAUAAACACUAUUGUUGCGUUUCACCAUCAGUUAGCGCUAUUCGUCACAUAAAGUCCAUCAAAAGUUUUGAGUGAAGUGAUUCGGAUCUUUUAUUUUCCAUAUAAUUUAUGUGUUGCAUAGCUAUUUGGUACUUUAUCUAUACAUUGUGAAACAGGCCCUUACACGUCUAUAGUACUCUAAUGAUUAAUUCAUUGUCACUAUUGUAAUGAUGUCAAUGCAAUUAGCAAACAAAAAGCUGCUAUAUUUAACCUUAGUAAUAGAUUAAAGAAAAAAAUCUGGCUCGAAGCAUCUUACGUACAACUUUUAUUCAAUGCACAUGAUGGUUUGAGGAAAAAUGAAAUAAUCAAUUAGUAAAGAAAUUAUUUUGAGUAUAUUGAUGACUUUUCUAAGUGAUUUACAUUUACUUUAAAAUUUGAUAUAGUUUUAAUUUUAAUACUACAUACUUUUUGGACUUGAAAAUUUAUAUGAACGGAGAAAGCUUUACGGAUGUGCCAUUGUUGACUAAAAACUUUUAUGUUCCUUUACUUUAGGGAGUCUUAUCGAACAAAAAAACGUGAUUUGACAUAUUUAAAAGAACAUUCCUGUAAAUAUUGGUAGUUAUGUAAUUAUUUUCUAUGUACUGAUCGUACGAUAAAAACGUAAGUGACACCACGAAUAUUACGAAUUAUAUGUAUUAUGAAUUUAUAUUUUUUUUUGUUUAGUUUCUAAUGUUAGUAUUGACAGAAGCAGUGUCGCUUACGUUUUAUGAGAUGUUAUAAAAUAGUUUUAAAAUUUCAGCAUUUCUCUCUACCUCGUAUUAUAUUUUCCUUAUAAAUCGUGGCUUGCUAUACAUCACAUAGUAUUAAAUUAGUUAUGAAGCCACGUUAAGACUGAUUUCCUUUUCAUAUAUAUAAUAGCCAGACACAAUCAGGUAUUAAAUGUCUAUUAGGCAAUAGUACAAAUGCCAUCAAACAGUAUCGAAUUUAUAUUACGUCUUUAGAAGUAUUCUAUGAAUUAUUUACGCAUUGUUCUGUGCAUUUCAAGUGGGUAGUUGCAAAAAAUCUUACGAUUACUUAUGAUUUUUUUUAAACACCUACGCAUUCAUAGUGAAUAUGUAUAACGAGUUUGCUGACUUCUCCAGCGUUUUGUAUAGGUGCUAGAUGAUUGUGAAGUUUCUUAUGAAUAUUAUGUACUACUUUAAAUUGUUAGAUGUAAAAUGUAUCUUAGAAAAUACAACACUUGCCCGUUCCGAUGUUUAUUUUGGUCAGUUUACAGACCGUAAUUUGAUGGUCCUUUUUACCUAAAAACGGCUGUUUUGUUACUCAAACUGUUAAGUAAAAUGUUUUUUUUAGUGAAAAAAUUCACCAUUUCUGUUAUUAUGCAUUAUAUUCAUAAUUUUUUCAACAUUGUCUUCAAAAGAUAUUUUUAUUUAUUAAGGAGCGAUAUCCCGACGCUGACAUUUGUUCACAAUUAGCUAGAGCAGCGCGACGGCACUCCUUGGCACUAAAAGGGCUAGAAAGUAGCUAAUAUUAAUUAAUCAAUGCCAGUAGGCCAAUUUGAUUUCUACCAACAAAGCGUUGGUAGAAAUCGUUGAAGAUGAACGCAGGAACGGGCCCAUUAUGCGAUGUCGAUUCGAGUGAAUUUUAACUGUGUUAACUUCAAAAGAAUUGUAAACUGUAAAUAUAAUCUAUCGCACAUUACCAUAAUAGUAUCUCAUUAUUGUAAUUUUAAGACUGCUAUGAGCCAAUUCAUUUUAGUUUGGCUAGCGCAUAUAUCGAUUAUGAAAAUCUAGAUUUUUUGUAAUAGAGUUUCAUUGUGAGUACAUUUUCUUAAGUUAAUGGCAGCUCAAGUGUGGUUUAUGGUUGUGGGAUACAUGUACCUACGUUUACCAAAGCCACGCUAUGGAUAUGAUAUAUAUAUUUGAAGGAAAAUUGUGUUCUUUCCGUAGCGCGAAAAGAAUUAUGGUUUGUAAGAAGUAUUAUUUUCGUUGUGUCCAGCGUGGUUUUGGUGUACCGAUCAUUCUUUGCGCAUUUUCUAUAGUAUUAUAUACUAUGUAGUUAUUAGUGUUUAUUAGAGGCUGUCGCCAAUUCGAUGUUAUAUAUUAUAGAUUAUCUUGGAUUACUUCCAAGUUUGUGUUCAUCGGCUAGAUAUAGUUUAAUGGUACAUGGAAAUGCAAUUUUGCUUUUACCAUAUUACAAUUCGUAAUUACGAAAUUUAUUUUUUAACGUUAUAUUUUUUGUCGGUUUUUCAAAUCCUAUUUGGAAAUUUAGCUUUUAAAUUAUAUAGAACUUUUAAUUGCGAGGCUAUGGUUUUUCGCCAGUAGAUAAAAUACCAGCAUACUUUUCAAUAUUGAACGAUGUAUGUAUGUAUAUUGAAUGAAGUUAUGUUGGGAACUUCGUUAAUGUUGUAAAUGGUAUGAGUUUUUUUUUAAAUUACCUUUUAUGAAUAAAUUUUCAUUAAGAAUUUCCUGUAUAUAGUUUUGAAUUUAAAACUAUCGUUGAGUGGGGCAUAUGCUCUCAUACUACGACAAACAUAAGGGCAAAUGUUAGUAUUAUUUUCUAAGUAUUUGUUUGGCCCAUUUAAAUUAAUUGUAAACGUUGUUUGUAAUGUAGUCAAAGUAGUGGCGAUGGAUCAUAGCAUCACACAUUUAUUGGUUUAGAUAAGAUAAAUUGAUUUUAUAAGACUGUUUAGUAAUUUUAUUAUCUGAUUGAAUAUGUGGCGUUAUCAUUCCACCGACUUUACCAGUUUUUUUUUAGAUAUAAGUUUGACAUUAAAUAGAGAAUGAAUCGUUGGAGUGUUCACGUUUUGUUUAAAUUUGUUUUGAACUGCACUGUACUAAAUUUGUUAUCUUUAGUAUUAGACUUUGUAAAUUCAGUUAUUAUAUUGUAUUUGCACUUCCAUAUAAAAGUUUAAUUACACGAAAUUAAUAAAUAUGAUGUUUUAUUAGACUUUAUGAAAACAAA